AUGACCGCGUCGUCCUCUAUCUUUAGUUCUCUCAAUAUUCUAGUAAUAGAGACUUCUUCCACUGGAGAAGAUGAAACUGAGUCACUAAUAGCUUUAUUGAAGAGAAAUGGUGCUGUUGAAACUAUGCGAUAUCACGCCACAACUGAUAUAGAAAUGACUAAACAGGAGUUCCUUGAUAGAUUUCCGAUGCAUAUACACUGUGUUGUGUCAAAAGAUAUCCAUUUUCCAUUUUAUAGGUUGGCAGCGUUUGAUUUCCUGAUUCCGAUAGUGACGCCAAGUUGGGUUGAUGCAUGUAUACAGAAUUCAAGGCUGAUGAGAACAACUGGAUACUCUCCGGAUAGUGAACAUAUAUUGAAAAACUGUUACAUUUACCUUGCCCGACAAUCGCUUUCGAUAUCUGAGUACCAACUUUACAUCUCACUUAUACUGUAUAUGGGAGGUUGUUGUAUGGAGUUUUUAUCCACAAAGGUUACGCAUAUCAUUACAAUCGAUCCCAAUGAUCCGGCAACAUUAGCUGCAUUGAAGGUGGACAAUGUCAAUAUAUCUUCCGUCGUGCCUAGUUGGCUUAUUAACUGCUUUAUUAACGGUAAGCAGUUGCCAGAAGGUAAUUAUACAUUGAAUACGGAUAUGACAAAGGAAGAGGCCGUCGAGUUAUUUGAAGAGAGUUGCAAGGUAGAGAAAGAACACUGGACCUGGUCGUUUGAUUUUUUAAAGGAUCACCGCAUGUACUUAUCGAUGAAUCUUGCACUGAAGUCCAAGUGUUACAAAUUCCUAAUACAAUUUAUUGAAGCCAUGGGAGGAAAAGUUGUUCGCUAUAUAGAUCACCAGGAAUUUUCAAUCGAUUCUGCAGAUUGCUUUCUGGAUUCCGACACUUCAUCUAAAGACUAUAUGUCAGCCAAAUCACUGGGCUUAUAUUGUGGGAAUGUAAAUUGGUUAUUUUAUAUGCUAUCGAUGAGGAGCUUUGUUAGACCCACUACCAAGUUGCUGUUAUCACCAACAAAGCCAAAAAUAUUUACACGAAAAGAACUCAUAUUAACGUACACAAACUAUCUUGGGCAGCAACGAACCUAUAUCCAAAGAUUGGUGGAGGCAGUUGGCGGCGUUGCCACAACUGAGUUAUCGAAGAAAAACACCCACCUAAUAUCACUGUUUGCUCAGGGCAGGAAGUUUGAAACAGCACGGAAGUGGGCAACAUGUGUUGUUACGAAUCAUAUGUGGCUCGAGAAAUGCUAUAAAACAGGUGAAAAGCUUGAUGUGAAUUUACCAGAGUUUGCUCAGAUCCCCAUCCCCGGAGGAACGGCUAAUUACAUGGGCCAACUAGCAUUAGAAGAACCACACAUAAUUUACACUGUAGAGGAGCAAACGGAACCUAAUUUCACCCUCACUCCAAAUGCACCUGAAGCAAUUGUAGCGAAUACUGAUUUUAUAACUGAUACUCCAGUUAUAGAAGAACCUACUCAACAGGGAGAUAGCAUGGCUUUGGAAGCGGAUGAUAAGGACAAAGAAAAUGUAAUAUCUACUAUUGAUAAACCGAAAAAAACCUCAAAGGAAUUAUCGCCAGAGGUGCAAGGCUCACAGCAAGAUCAAGAUAGCACGGGUGGUGGACCAAAAAGUUCUGCUAUCUCUCCAUCUGCCGAAAAAGAGUUGCUGCCGAAGAUUAGACAACCUAAUUCCUAUGCCAGCCAAUUAGAACUAUGGGAUGCAGACUCAUUACCUUCACCAUCUAGUUCUGGACGGAAGGCUAAAGCCAAAGCUGCAGAGAAGCUUCACAGCGAUAUGGAAUCUCUUAAUGAGUUCGUUAAAAGUUCUAGAAAGAAACGUACUGCCGAUUUACUACCAGAGGAACUAGAAACUUUAAAAAAGCGUAAAAAUCUAGCUGCAGACGCACAGAAAUUACUGCUUCAGGUCCAGGUACCGAAGCCUUCUAAAGGGCGCGGUAAGCUUCCCUACGACAUAAAAGCGGUUUGUACUAAUUGUGGCGAUGACAUAAAUCAAUUGGAUAAAGAAAUUCUUCGGCAACUUGGCGUAGAAAUCCAAUCAGAGAUCUCCUCUAACACCAAUUGCAUCAUAGCUUCGAAAAAGGCCCGGACAGCUAAGUUUUUAACUAGUUUUAGUUGUCGUCCACUGAAGUACGCUCUCACCCCAUCGUUUCUAAAUGAUUUACUAUCCAUUGUUCACGCAGGCCUGGGAGGAAAUGUACUCUUAAACUUGGAUAAGUACCACAUUCAGGACGUUGACCAAGAAAUACUGAAGAAGACACACUCUCAUGCAAAACUUUUUGAGAAGAGCCUCCUAUCUGUAAAUCUCUCUGAUGAUGUACCAGGAGGAGCAGAAGUUCUAGCUCCGAUCCUCAAAGCUCACGGUAUAACAAACGUUAGCGGCCUUCCAAAGAAAUUUGAGUUUAAAGAUAUUGUACCUAAUAAACUAGAUAAACAGUACCAGUCACCAGACUACAUGCUGAUAGCGAAUAAGGCUUCAGUCGCUAAAAAGUUCGCCAAACUGUGCAAGGAACACGACAGUAAAAGUAAAGUUUUAAUCGUUGAAUGGAAUUGGUGUGUGAAAGCCAUCUUUAGUUUAAAUGUAGACUAUACUGACCCGGAAUUUGUGAUUAUCAACAAGUAA